CUAGGAACGAGCUGGUGUCGAUCGACCGACCGACACGAGAAACUGCCCGGAUACACUACUACCCCAGUGCUGUUGACCAGCGACGUGCGUCAGCUCGAGGGCUAUCUGGUCUCUUCAGUGUGGAGUACGACAUCGAUAGGAACUUUGAUGCUGGCGAUGUUUUGGUUGUGAACGGUUUCUUUGUCCAUUACUUUGCACCCACUGGUAUGGACCCUAUCCCAAAGGACAUCCUGUUUGUUUUGGAUACCAGUUCUUCCAUGUUCGGAACAAAAAUUGCACAGCUUCGUGACGCCAUGCAUAUCAUUCUCAAUGAUCUUCACGAAGCUGAUAGAUUCAACAUCAUCAAAUUUAGCACGACAACUACUUUCUGGAGACCGGGGAAGGUUAUAUCAGCAACCCGCCAGAACAUCGCUGAGGCGGAGGGAUAUGUGACAACAAUGACAUCUGCUGGCUGGACAAAUAUUAACGAAGCAAUGACGUAUGGGAUAGAUUUCCUAAAUAGCAUCGGUGACGACACAGGCCGUGUAAAGCUGAUGGUUUUCCUAACGGACGGAUCACCGACCAAGGGUGAAGAGAAUACCGACAUUAUACUUGAAAACGUCAAAACAAGAAAUAUCAGACACAUCGCUAUCUUCACUCUUGCGUUCGGAGAGGACGCAGACUAUGAGUUCGUGAAGAAAGUUGCACUUCAGAACGACGGAGUGGCGAGAAAAAUUUACGAGGAAUCUGAUGCGGUACUUCAGAUCAGUGGAUUUUAUGCAGAAAUUUCUCGGGCGGCUUUGAAAAAUGUAACAUUUAGAUACUUAAAUAGUUCGACAAACCUACAGAACGUAACAAAGAAUUCUUUUAAUUCUUUCUUUUCUGAUUCUGAAUUAGUUGUAGCUGGUCGUAUAAAAAACACUGAUAUGAAAAGAUUGAGUCUUUCGGUGGAAGGCAAUGGUGUACAAGGGGACAUAUCACUAGCUCUUUCUGCCAGCAUACUCGAUCAUUCCACUCCCGAACUGUUUCCAAGUCUGACAAGGCCAGAGGAUUUCGAGAAGAUUACAGAGAGGAUCUGGGCAUACGUCACAAUCAAACAGUUGUUGGACGAGGCUGUUGGUGAACUCAACUCCACCGCCGUACAGAGGGAAAAUGUCAGACAAAAGAUCAUAGCUAUGUCAAUGAAGUACCACUUUGUGACCCCCCUGACGUCACUGGUGGUCAUAAAGCCGGAUCAAAGAGAAGUCGGCAAUUUGCAGGAAGGCGAGGAUGCUGAACGUAAGACAUUUAUAUGGGACAUUUACAAAUUGAUAUAGAUGAUAGUACAUUUUUGCUCAUUACAGUAUACAUAUAUUUGAAUUUUUGCUAACAUGAAAUAUCGUAAACUCGCUUUCGUUUCCGGUAUUUAAUGAAUA